AUGCAGUCAGAUGACUUUUUUACAAGAACAUUUAAGACUGUAAAUAGCAGUAUGGGUCCUUCUUCAACAGUAAAUGCCUUGGGGAAAGUUGAUGCUAAUGGACAGAACAAUGGAACACCAGCAAUGCCCAAAAUGGGUGUAAGAGCAAGAGUUUCUGAAUGGCUGCCAAAAAAAGAUUCCAUAGAAGAAAGGUGCAGCAAAAUGUCUUUAAAACACAGAACUCGAUUAAGUUAUGAGAGUAUUUCUCAAAGUUCAGAUGGGAAAAAUGACCAGACUGAUAUGGAUGAAAAGCCUUUUGAUCCAGAACUAUUGCAGAUGAAGUAUUUAAAUGGAGAUUUCCUUUGCCAUUCACCUCACAGGGGACUACUACAUCCUAUAAGACAAAGAAGUAACAGUGAUGUUACCAUCAGCGAUACUGAUACAGAUGAUAUUCUUGACCAAAAUGCUGUUAAUCCAAACACUGGAGCAUCUUUACAUCGAGAAUAUGGGAGUACAUCAUCAAUAGACAGGCAGGGUUUGUAUGGAGACAGCUUGUUUGCAAUGAUUAAAGGUUAUAGAAUGGAAAAUGUGGAGCAACCAAAUCUGACACAAUUUACAUUUUCUGAGGUUUUCCACUACGAUCCUGCUGUUUCUCAAAGUAUGCGGACUGCUGGACACAUUUCUAGGGGUCCCUUUGUUAGCAUUUCUGAAUUGGAUUAUUUGGACAGCUCCUUGUUGGCUGGGAAAAAAAGAGACAAGCUAUUUAAAAAAUAUUUGAGAACACAGUCUUUUGAGCCUGCUCUGUUUUCAGCAACAGAGAAGUGUAGCAAGUGAGCCUGAUGUUUUAAAGUGCUCCUUUGACGUUGAUGAUGGUAGUUUUGAAAAGAGUAUACAUCCGUGGACAUGUGAAAAAAGUUUUGCCCACUAUGAUGUACAAAGCAUUUUGUUUGAUGUCAAUGAAGCCAUGGAAACUCAGGCUAACAUUGCAAAAAGAAAAAAUAUAACCACCGGAGCUUCAGCAGCAUCACAGUUAUCAAUAGUUGGAAGCCAGUCCCCAGGCUGCGACUCUGUCGUAGACAGUAAAGAGGACCCUGACCCUAAAACCACUCUGGAAACUGAUGAAGGCGAUGGUAAAAGCAAUGACAUUAUUUUGAGCUGUCCAUACUUCAGAAAUGAGAUCGGAGGGGAAAAUGACAGACAGAUUGCUCUUUCAAGGGCAAAUUCUCUGGCCUUGACUACUGGUGAAACAUGUUCCUUUGAAUCAUCACUCAGUUCUCACUGUACUAAUGCAGGUGUCUCUGUUCUUGAAGUGCCAAGGGAAAACCAACCUAUUCACAGAGAAAAAGUGAAGCGAUACAUAAUAGAGUACAUUGAUCUUGGAGCAUACUACUAUAGAAGGUUCUUUUAUGGAAAAGAGCAUCAAAAUUACUUUGGAAUAGAUGAGCAUUUGGGACCUGUAGCAGUCAGUAUUCGCAGGGAGAAGGUUGAAGGUAAUAGAGAAAAAGAAGUGUCUCCAUUCUGCUACCGGAUUGCUUUCCGAACCAGCGAGCUUACAACUCUCCGGGGGGCAGUUUUAGAAGAUGCAGUACCAUCAACAGCGAGGCAUGGUUCAGCACGUGGCCUUCCUCACAAAGAAGUCCUUGAAUAUGUCAUACCAGAGCUUAAUGUGCAGUGCCUUCGACAAGCUCUGAACUCCCCAAAGGUCCCAGAGCAGCUGCUCAAACUUGAUGAACAAGGGCUGAGCUUUCAACACAAAGUUGGUAUCCUGUAUUGCAAAGCAGGGCAGAGCACAGAAGAGGAGAUGUACAAUAAUGAAACUGCAGGGCCAGCUUUUGAGGAGUUUUUCGAUCUCUUGGGACAACGUGUGCGUUUAAAAGGAUUUACUAAAUACAGAGCACAAUUAGAUAAUAAAACUGACUCUACAGGAACACAUUCCCUGUACACCACGUAUAAGGAUUAUGAACUCAUGUUUCAUGUCUCUACAAUGCUACCAUAUAUGCCAAAAAACAGACAACAGCUGCUUAGAAAAAGGCACAUUGGUAAUGACAUUGUUACUGUCGUCUUCCAAGAGCCAGGGGCCCUGCCAUUUACUCCAAAAACAAUUCGAUCCCAUUUCCAGCAUGUGUUUGUUAUUGUAAAAGUUCAUAAUCCAUGUACACAAAAUGUGUGUUACAGUGUUGCUGUUUCAAGGUCAAAAGAUGUCCCACCUUUUGGCCCGCCUAUACCCAAGGGCGUGACAUUUCCUAAAUCAGCCGUUUUCAGGGAUUUUCUUCUUGCCAAAGUGAUCAAUGCUGAGAAUGCAGCACACAAGUCAGAAAAGUUUCGAGCAAUGGCUACAAGAACCCGACAAGAAUACUUGAAGGAUCUGGCAGAAAACUUUGUUUCAACAGCUACUGUUGAUAGCUCAGUAAAAUUUAGUUUCAUCUCUCUUGGAGCCAAAAAGAAGGAAAAGGUGAAACCAAAAAGAGAGGCUUAUUUAUACAGCACAGGUGCUAUUGUUUGGAAUGUUAUAGCUCGGGACUUUGGACUUUCUUCUGACAUUGAAUGUUUUCUUGGGAUAUCCAAUGAGUUUGUGGUCCUUGCUGAGAAAGAAUCCAAAAAUGUGGUUUUUAAUUGCUCUUGUAGAGAUGUAAUUGGUUGGACAUCUGGAUUAAUGACCAUCAAACUAUUUUAUGAACGAGGGGAAUGCAUUCUUCUGUCUUCCACAAACAAUUGUGCUGAAAAUGUCCAAGAGAUUGUACAAAGACUGGAAAUAGUCACUAGAGGCUGUGAAACCAAAGAAAUGAUCCUGAGGAGGAACAGUCUCGGUCAGCUGGGCUUUCAUGUAAAUUUUGAAGGAAUUGUUGCUGAUGUGGAACCCUUUGGGUUUGCAUGGAAAGCUGGUUUACGGCAAGGAAGUCGUUUGGUUGAGAUUUGCAAAGUGGCUGUGGCAACUCUUACUCAUGAACAAAUGAUUGACUUUCUUCGUACUUCAUCAACAGUAAAAGUGGUGAUUAUACAACCCUUUGAAGAUGGCUCACCAAGAAGGGGGUUUUCAGAACUUUGCCGUAUGCCAGUGGAUGGAAUAUAAAGUUGACAAUGAAGGCACACCAUGUGAAUAUAAAAACUCCCACUUCAGAGCUCAAUACUACCUGGCACCGUUGGUACAGACUCCAGUCCGGACAGCUUAAUUCUUGUUGCCUCUCCCAAGUGGUUAGGAAGUACUGACAGGCGACGCUGCAGUGCCAGCAGUAUCUUCAGCUUUUCUGUCAACUAUCACAGCCUCGGUUAUUCCUCGUUAGCAGCAAAUCCUUUGGCAGGAAGAUGUCAGACAGUACAAGGCCAAUUCAAGAUAUUGACAGUUCACAAAUAUCCCAGGGUGCUGUUGUUGAUCCAAACCAGCAUUACAGAAGUUCACCAAGUAACCAGUCUUCCUCCAGUGACCCAGGGCCUGUUGCAAGUGUUCAGUGGAGACAUCAUAUAGGAUUUGAAGGGUGUCAAUCACCAAUAUUACAUGAAAAUCAAGAAUUUGCUUCCGCAGAAAUAAUUGGAGAAUGUGAAGAGAAUUUGGAUGACAUAAAACAUUCUGAACAUUGGCUUAUAUCACCUGAUAAAAUAAUUGGUUCCUUUAAAGAAAAGGCUGUGCAGAAAGAAAGCAAGAUAUCUCCCAACAGGCAUUUACAUAUUACAGAUCGUAGUUGUUUGACCCGUUCAAGCAGUAAUACGCUUUCCAGCAGUGCAUCUAGCAAUAGUGAUGAGAAGUCCUAUGGUUCUGGAGACCUCAUGGACCCUGAAUUACUUGGCUUAACAUAUAUCAAAGGAGCCUCAACAGACAGUGGGAUUGAUACAGCACCAUGCAGCAUGCCUUCACAAGCUAUGGCUUCAGUACUUCAUACAAGCAGCAGAUCACACCAUAUAGCAGAACAAAUGGUUCCAUGGAAUAACUCUUCAGAUGAGGCAAUGCCAGAUAAUGACCAUGAAAACCUUUAUUAUGUCCACAGUUACCACACAGCUGAUGGAAGCAUUGGAGAUUUUAGUGAGUUGUCCUCACAUUCCAGUGGGUCACGUCAUUCAGGAAGCCCUUCAUCACAAUGUCCUAAAAACAGUGGAACACUGGAUAGUUCAAAAGUGUACAUUGUUCCCCAUGGUGGUAUGCAGAAGAAGUCUUUCCAAAGGCAGGAGUCUCUGAGUAAAUAUGUAAUUGGAUGGAAGAAGUCUGAGGAUAGUUCUCCAACUGGAGAAUGUGAUACAGAAUGUCAGGGUGAAGAGGACUUGUCUUCAUCCAGUUUGCUGCAGAAUUCAGGCAUUGAAGAAGAAAAUGAGCACCAGCAUGUCUUGCCAAAAGAAGAUUUCCUGAACUUGAUAUUGUCUGACAGUCCACAUACUGAGGAAGAAAAAACAAAGUACUCAGUUUAUGGAACUUUGUCACCAAGGCCUUCAAUUUACAGGACACUUUCAGAUGAGAGUAUAUGCAGUAACCGUAGGGGACCUGCCUAUGCCAACUUCCAUAGUUCAAUAAUUGAUCAGAUUUCAACAAAUGAUAUCUUAUUCAGCACAACACCCCCAUAUAGCAGUACACCUCCUAUUCUGAAUGAUUUGAACACUGGAUUGGCAAAUCUAAAAAAAGACUGUUGGUUUUCUGAUGGGUCACUGUCUGAAAAGUCAAAACUUAAUGAUCCAGAUUUAAUGCCCCUUCCAGAAUCAGCAGCGGGUUUGGAUUGGCCACGACUUGUAAAUGCUGCUAGAGCCUUUGAAGAUCAAUGCAUGGAAUCGUUUUGCACUUUAAAUGACAUAGAGUAUGAACAGAGCUUUAAAGCAUCUCAAAAGCAUUCUUCUGGCUCCCACUCUGUAAAUGAGAAGGACUAUGGUGAUGCUACAGGGUAUAUGAAUAGUAACCAUUCAAAGGAUACACAUUUAUUGAAUGCUUAAUGUCACUGACCACCACGCAGAAAUAUCUAAAGAAAAAGAACACA